AUGAAUUGUAAACGUCUCUUCCUCGGUUCUGUCCCCCACUUCACCGUCAAUCUGAAUGACCCCCCUCUGUCGCCCAACACCUUUUUUCUUUCUUUUUUUUUUUUUUUAAUGAGUGUUAGAUAUCUUUGUUUCUUUACUUUUUUUUCUGUUUUUUCUUUUCUUUUUUCUUUUUUUCUCUCUCAUUAUUUCUUUCUUUCUUUCUUUUUUUCUAAGCCAACUGUAUUUUUCUCUUCCACUUCUGAAUUUAGUAAAGUUUUUCAUUUUUACGUCUAUCGCUUAUUUUCCUUCUUGUGUCGUUCAUUUUUUUUCUUUAUAUAUUUCCUUCUUUUUUCUUACUUUCUUUCCCAUUUUUAUCUUUUUAUCCUAUUUGUUAUUUUUCUGUUGUAUUUCAUUUUUCAUCUUUUUAUUAUUGGUUUUCCUUUCUUUCUUUCAAUCAUUCGCUCUUUCUUUCUACAAAGAUUUCUUUCUUUCCAACCUAUUCUGAACUUUUCAAGUUUUCUUUCUUUUUCUUUCUUUCUUUCUUUCUUUCUUUCUUUCUUUCUUUCUUUCUUUCUUUCUUUCGAGACUCAUAUAAAACUACUCUGGUUAACUUUCUUUAAACAUCUCUUUUUUUAUCUUCUUUUUGUUCUCUUCUUUUCUUUCCCACUCCCACCAUUUAAACUCACAAUUUCUCUUCGGCAAUUCUCUUUCUUCCCAUCUUUACCCACUCAAUCUUCCCUUUCCUUUCCGUCAUUCAUUGAUACUCCAGCCUCUCAAACUGGUUCUUCACUUGCAACAUAA